AUGAGUAAUGUUACCAACCAAAAUGGAACAGGUCUAGAGCAGCAGCUUGCUGGUCUGGACUUGCAGCCUCAGGCUAAUAAGAGUGCUGGCCGCUACAUCCCCCCGCACCUGCGUAGGCAGUUGCAGGCCAACUCUUCACCAGGGGAAGAGUCUAAGCGUCCAAGCUUAGACACCCGUCCGAACGAUCAACGGGACGGCCGUUCAUCAUUGGGAGGCAACUCUAGAACGUACGACCGUGGUGGUCGGCGCGACGACCGCGACCGUGACCGCGAACGUGAAAACGAUCGCGCCCACGAUUCGCGAUACCCGCGCAGGGACCGCGGUCAUCAAAAUGGCGAUUCAGAACGCUUUGCCGAGGCAGACAACAAUAGAUGGUCCGAACGUGGCGGACGCGGCAGUGCCGGUGGCGGGGGAGGCGGGAGCGUCACAAGUUCGCGAGAGUCGCGUGACGUGCGCCGCGACGAGGACUUCAAUGAGCCGCCGCAGCCGCGCAACGACCGCUGGAAGGAGCCGGAGCCGCGCAUGGAUGAGCGCUCCAAUUCACGCUGGCCCUCUGACGACGUGCGGCGCACAAGCUCCCGCAGGGACGAGAAUGACUGGACGGUCCCGCUACCUCGCGACGAGCGGCAGGAGUUGGAGUUGUUUGGCACUGGCAACACAGGCAUUAACUUCUCGAAGUACGAGGAUAUACCAGUUGAGGCUAGCGGCGACCGCGUCCCAGAGUUCAUCACCAGUUUUGAGGAUGUUAACCUGACGGAAAUAAUGCGUUCGAAUAUAGCGCUCGCCAGGUACGACAAGCCAACUCCGGUACAGAAGUAUGCGAUCCCUAUAGUGCUGGGGCAUAGAGACGUGAUGGCGUGUGCACAGACAGGCUCAGGUAAAACGGCUGCUUUUCUCGUACCUAUACUCAAUCAGAUGUACGAAGCAGGACCCGUCAAGCACAUGGGGCCCUACAAUCGGCAGCAGAAUCGUAAACAAUAUCCUCUCGGAUUGGUACUUGCCCCAACGCGCGAGCUGGCUACCCAAAUAUAUGAUGAGGCUAGAAAAUUUGCCUAUCGUUCUCGUGUUCGCCCUUGUGUUGUGUACGGCGGUUCUCCGGUACACGAGCAGUUCCGCGAACUGGAGCGCGGCUGCCACUUGCUGGUGGCGACCCCGGGGCGCCUGGUCGACAUGCUGGCGCGCAAGCGCGUGGCGCUGGACCACUGCCGCCAUCUGGUGCUGGACGAGGCCGAUCGGAUGUUGGAUAUGGGUUUCGAGCCCCAGAUCCGCACAAUCGUCGAGAGUCACACGAUGCCCAAAACGGGCGAGCGCCAGACGCUCAUGUUCUCUGCGACUUUCCCCAAACAGAUCCAAGUUUUAGCACAAGAUUUCUUGCAUAACUAUGUUUUUCUCGCAGUUGGGCGUGUAGGAUCUACUUCCGAGAAUAUCACCCAAAAGGUGGUGUGGGUGGAAGAAAUGGAUAAACGUUCGUUCUUGUUGGAUUUGCUGAACGCAUCUAAUUUACUGCAGCAGGCGAAUCCCAGUGAAGAGGAUCAACUUGUCUUAGUUUUCGUCGAGACCAAGAAAGGUGCCGAUCAGUUAGAAGAGUAUUUGGAUAGUAUGGGAUACCCAGUGACGUCUAUUCACGGCGACAGAACACAACGUGAACGCGAAGAUGCGCUUCGCCGGUUCCGCACUGGACAGACUCCCAUUCUAGUGGCGACUGCGGUGGCGGCUAGAGGUUUGGAUAUCCCCCACGUGCGUCACGUGAUUAAUUUUGAUUUACCCUCGGACGUGGAGGAGUACGUACAUCGCAUCGGUCGUACGGGCCGUAUGGGCAACCUGGGCGUCGCUACGUCUUUCUUCAACGACACCAACCGUGGCCUCGCACGGGAACUCAUUCAGCUGCUCGUGGAGGCCAAGCAAGAUGUGCCCAACUGGCUGACGAGCACGGCGGCCGACGGCCGGAUGGGCGGCGGCGGCCGGCGCACGGGCAGUCGCUCCGGUGGCGGCCGCUUCGGCGGCGGGAGCACCAGCUUCGCCGCAAGGGACUUCCGCACGCAGCCACGGCAGCCGCCGCGCUCCGCUGGACCUUCCACUAUUGGCUCUGGUUUCGGCUACGGCGGCGGGUCGUACGGAGGCAACUACGGCGGCUCGUACGGCGGCGGCGGCGGCGGCGGCAGCUCCGGCGGCCCCGACUGGUGGGACUCUUAA